GAAUAUAUAGAAGUUCAAGUUCAUCUUUGGAUCAUGAAAAUAAUCAUAAACCAUACUUAGAAGAUAUGGAGCUUGUUCCUGUUAAUCAAGCUGCAGACUUCAUGGAAGAUUCUACAAAUUUGCUAAUUUAUUUGGACUUAAACAAUUAA